AUGUCGCGAAGAAGCUCUGUUACCAUUGAGCAAGCAAUUAACCCAAGUAUCUUGCGGGCCCGCCAAAAAGUAAUAGCGGAAAAAGAUGAAAGAAAGCUUGGAGGUGCACAGACGUACAGUACCGAAAAUGGAAUGUUGUUUCAUGCUGGUAAACUUGUCAUCAUCAUGUCUGGUUUACCGGCUAGAGGAAAGUCCAACAUCGCGGUAUCAAUAGACAGAUAUCUAAAGUGGCUUGGAUUUAAUUGCAGAUUCUACAGUCUUGCAAAAUAUAUGGACGAGCGAUCAAAGGAGUUUGAAAACUCAGGCAAUAUUCGUGAGUCCAUUGAGACAUUUUUGAAGCUCUACAGAGACAAUACCAUUGAGCAGUGCUUACGAGACUUGGAAAACUUUCUUUCAAGAGAAAAAGGCCAAGUUGCUAUUUAUGAUGCUACGAACGGAACGAAGGAAACAAGAAGUACUUUAUAUGAUCGAUUUAAAAGCUUUGGUUUUAACAUCCUGUUUAUUGAAAGUUUAUGCGACAAAGAAAACGUAAUUCAUGACAACGUUCAAGAGGCUAUCCAAGUUUCAAAGGAGUUUGAACAUUGGGAUAAGAAAGAGGCAGAAGCUGAAUAUUGCAGACGUAUCGAUCUUUUGAAAAUAAAAUAUGAACCAAUGGAUGAAAAAGAGUAUUCUUAUGUGAAAAUGAUCAACUUUUCAGAGACGCUUAUAACCAAUCGGACGAAUCAAGGAUACUUAUUGUCACGUAUUCUAUUUUUAUUGAUGAACAUUACCCUUACGAGAAAACGUGUAUACUUGGUAUCGAAGGCCUCUAUGAGACCACUCUUGUCCCAAGAAGUCGACGACGAUGGGGCGAAUUCUGAGUUUAUGGAAUACCUCGUCGAGCAGUUUCAAAAACUGUUUCCUUCAAUUUCCUUCAAGAAUCUUGUUGUGAUGUCUAGCAUGGAAGAAUCCACUUUAACCCCUUUUCGAAAGUUAGGUUCUCGAGCAUUUUCACGUGCAAAUCUGUCACCACUGAUUAUGGACUGGUUUGGAAGUAAUUAUGAGAAAUUGCGUGAAGCUUUUGGAAAAGAUGAAUACAAUUUGUUUAUGAAGGACCCAUAUAGAUGUAGGGUGAAAGAAAGGGAAUCCUUUUACGACCUUGCCGUCCGUUUAGAACCGUUAAUUUUGGAGAUAGCCAGAGAAUCCCGGGACGUGGUAAUUGUUGGAUCGAAAAGUUUAGUCCGUUUACUUUACGGAUAUUAUAUGAAUGUUCCAGCUGGGGACAUACCUUUCCUUCAAUUGCUACCAACAGGAAUUUUCGAGUUUAUUGACAACAGUAUGGGCAUGCAAGUUAAUGAGUAUGAGUUGGAUGCUAAAGAAGCUCACGAUUACGAUAUAAGAAAUGAAGAUUUAAGUGGUAAAUUUACUACGCCUCCUGCCGUCUAA